AUGGGUUGUCCGUGGAUGUGUCAAGGGGGUGGCAAGCUUUUUAAAGCUCCCACCGAACAGAGGCCUAGGGCGUGCAUAACGGUUAACGGGCUAGAUGCACGGCUCCUGCAUGAAGUAUGUUCCAGGGACCUGACGGCAGUGGAGGUGACAGCGGUUAGCAGCGCUGGGGAUGCCAGGAAGUUCGUCAUCUGCUCGGCCUACUUUCCGCACGGAGAAGAAGUGCCGUCGCUGGAGAUAGUCAGAUUGGUGAGGGAAUGGAAGGUAUCGGAUGAGCCCUCGCUCUCCUACCACAGGCAAAUAACCUUUAAACUUUCAGAUCUCAAAGUGGAGGUUAAGAAGGUGAGGAAUCCAAAGAGGACGGACUGGGUAUCCUAUCAAAGAGACCUGAGAAUCAACCUCAGGGACUUUCCCAAGAAGUACGGCACGGCGGAGGAGUUAGAGCUCUGUGUGGAUUAUCUGCAGAGGGCUCUGAUUGGCUCUUACGAAGAAAACUGCCCGGCCAGCACGGUGACAAACAACAGGGGAACUCCCUGGUGGAACCCACGACUGCAGGGUCUUAGGGUCAAGGCUCGAAGGGCUUGGAACAAGGCGAGGAACACUGGCCGACCCUCUGACUGGGGUCUUUACAAGAGAUCCCAGAAGGAGUACAGAGACUCUGUGGUGGAGGCGAAGAGGAAGAGCUGGAGGGACUUCUGCGAGUCGGUGGAGGGCAUGCCAGCCACCACCAGGCUUUGCAGAUUUCUAUCCAAGAACCCGGAGGCAGCGUUGGAAGCGGUCCGAAUGUCGGACGGCACCAUGGUAUCGGGAGAGAAAUGCCUGGUGCAUCUUCUGGAGACUAGUUUUCCUGGUUUCCGGAGGGAUGCGGAUAGGUGCGGAGAGGCUGACAUGGGCCCCUUCAGGGCACGUGCCAGCGAUUGGAAACUAGCGGCCGAAAUUGUAAGGCCAACUAUGGUCAGAUGGGCGAUUGGCUCUUUCCGACCUUUUAAGUCGGCGGGGCCCGAUCAGGUGUUCCCGGCUCUCCUUCAAAGAGGCUGGAGCAGGUUAUCGGGUCCCUUACAAAGGUGCUGA